GCCGGCGGACAGACCACCCCUCCCUCGGGCUGCGGCAAGGACCUCUCCCCCCUCUACUACAACCUCUGUGACCUCUCAGCGGCCUGGGGCAUCGUGCUGGAGGCCGUGGCCAGCCUCGGCGUGGUGGCCAGCUUCGUGCUCACCAUCGUCCUGGUGGCCAGCCUGCCCUUCGUGCAGGACCCCCAGAAAAAGAGCCUGGUGGCCACGCAGGUCUUCUUUCUUCUGGGCACCUUCGGGCUCUUCUGCCUGACGUUUGACUUCAUCGUGGGGCCGGAUUUCUCUACCUGCACCUCCCGCCGCUUCCUCUUCGGCGUCCUCUUUGGCAUCUGCUUCUCCUGCCUGCUGGCGCACGCCGUGGCCCUCAACUUCUUGGUGCGGAGGCCCGGCCCCUCCACCCGGGCCACCCCUGGCCUCUCCAUGGCCAUCUGGGUGGCGUGGAUGGUCAUGUACCUCUAUGGGAACCAGCGCGCGGGCAAGAAGCCCAGCUGGGACGACCCCACGCUGGCCAUCGCGCUGGUCUCCAACGCCUGCACCUUCCUCCUCCUCUACGUCAUCCCUGAGGUGACGCACGUGACGCGGCGGGGCUCCGAGCAGGCCUUCGAGGACGACGUCUACCCCACGCGUGGGGUUGGCUACGAGACCAUCCUCAAGGAGCAGAAGUCACAGAGCAUGUUUGUGGAGAACAAAGCCUUCUCCAUGGACGAGCCCUCCUUCG